AUGUCCGGCGAGAAGAUCCUCGAAGGUGUCUUUGCCGUCCACAAGCCGCAAGGCGUCACCUCCGCCGACGUGAUCCGCACCCUCCAAAAACACUUCAACCCCUCGAAAACAUUCCAGCCAUGGCUAGAGGAAGAGCGCGCGCGCCGCGAACGUGAAAGCAAAUUCCAGCGCAAACGCCGCCGCCACCAGCGCCUAGACGUCAAGAUUGGCCACGGCGGAACCCUAGACCCGCUCGCGACGGGUGUGCUCAUAACCGGCAUUGGAAAGGGCACGAAGUCGCUGCAGGAUUUCCUGGCUUGCACGAAGAGCUACGAGACUGUUGUUGGCUUCGGCGCUGAGACGGAUACCUACGACCGCCUUGGGAAAAUCGUCCGCCGGGCCCCUUACGAACAUGUCACCCGUGAAGCUGUUGAGAAGGCGCUUGCUCAAUUCCGUGGGAAGAUCAUGCAGCAGCCGCCUAUUUUCUCUGCACUGCGGGUUGAUGGCAAGAAGCUCUAUGAGUAUGCGCGUGAGGGUAAAAUGCCGCCUAUUGAGAUUAAGCAUCGGCCUGUUGAGGUUUUGGAGAUGGAGAUUGUGGAGUGGUAUGAGCCUGGCACACAUGGGUUCAAGUUCCCUGAGCAGGAGAUGACCGGCGAUGAGAAGAUCGUUGCUGAGAAGCUACUUGAUAAGGAUGCUUCGGUGCCUGCCGCUCCAUCGACGGAGAGUGACGUUGCCGGUCAAGAGGCUGAGGCUUCAUCUUCUACCAAGCGCAAGUCACCGCCUCCUUCGGAUGAGGUGAAGGAGGAUAGCGCUGAAGCUAGCAAGAAGCAGAAGGUGUCGGAGACCGAGGCGGCACCCGCGGCGUCGGAGUCAGCUGCUGCCGAGCCUGCGGCCACGGAGACUCCUGCUGCGUCUACGGAGCAGACGAAGACCCAGACCCCGGCUGUGAAGAUUAAGAUGACUGUCACUUCAGGCUUCUAUGUCCGCUCGCUUGCGCAUGAUCUGGGCAAAGCCGUCGGCAGCUCUGCGUACAUGAGCGAGUUGAUUCGGAGUCGCCAGGGUGACUACGAGCUUGACCCUGAGAAGGUACUGGAGUAUAAGGACCUCGAGGCUGGCGAGGAAGUCUGGGGACCCAAGGUUGCCAAGUUCUUAGGCGAGUGGGAGGAGAAGAGAGCCAACAACGCCGAGGCUGUGGCUGCUCAGCAAUAG